AUGAGCCAAACACUGAGAAAACAACGUCCCAUAAGACAACAUACAGAGCCAACAAGUACGGAGAAAACAACUGAAAAGACAACUCAUGAGCCAAUCACUGAGAAAACAACAGUUGAACCAACGACCAAGAAGACAGCAACUAAAAGGACGACACAUGAACCCACAACGAAGGGAUCAACAACUUUAAGGACAACUGCAGAACCAAUCACUCGUAAAACAUCUACUAAAAAGACUAGUACAGAGCCAACUACGGAGGAAACAACUGAAAAGACAACUCAUGAGCCAACCACUGAGAAAACAACGACCCAUAAGACAACAGUUGAACCUACGACCAAGAAGACAACAACUAAAAGGACGACACAUGAACCCACAACUAAGGGAUCAACCACUUUAAGGACUACUGCAGAACCAAUCACUAGUAAAACAUCUACUACAAAGACAAGUACAGAGCCAACAAGUACGGAGAAAACAACUGAAAAGACAACUCAUGAGCCAACCACUGAGAAAACAACGACCCAUAAGACAACAGUUGAACCAACGACCAAGAAGACAACAACUAAAAGGACGACACAUGAACCCACCACUAAGGGAUCAACCACUUUAAGGACUACUGCAGAGCCAACCACUCGUAAAAUAUCUACUACAAAGACUAGUACAGAGCCAACAACUACAGAGGAAACAACUGAACAGACAACUCAUGAGCCAAACACUGAGAAAACAACGUCCCAUAAGACAACAGUUGAACCUACGACCAAGAAGACAACAACUAAAAGGACGACACAUGAACCCACAACUAAGGGAUCAACCACUUUAAGGACUACUGCAGAACCAAUCACUAGUAAAACAUCUACUACGAAGACUAGUACAGAGCCAACAAGUACGGAGAAAACAACUGAAAAGACAACUCAUGAGCCAACCACUGAGAAAACAACGACCCAUAAGACAACAGUUGAACCUACGACCAAGAAGACAACAACUAAAAGGACGACACAUGAACCCACAACUAAGGGAUCAACCACUUUAAGGACUACUGCAGAACCAAUCACUAGUAAAACAUCUACUACGAAGACUAGUACAGAGCCAACAAGUACGGAGAAAACAACUGAAAAGACAACUCAUGAGCCAACCACUGAGAAAACAACGACCCAUAAGACAACAGUUGAACCUACGACCAAGAAGACAACAACUAAAAGGACGACACAUGAACCCACAACUAAGGGACCAACCACUUUAAGGACUACUGCAGAACCAAUCACUCGUAAAACAUCUACUACAAAGACUAGUACAGAGCCAACAAGUACGGAGAAAACAACUGAAAAGACAACUCAUGAGCCAACCACUGAGAAAACAACAGUUGAACCAACGACCAAGAAGACAGCCACUAAAAGGACGACACAUGAAACCACAACGAAGGGAUCAACAACUUUAAGGACUACUGCAGAACCAAUCACUCGUAAAACAUCUACUACAAAGACUAGUACAGAGCCAACAAGUACGGAGAAAACAACUGAAAAGACAACUCAUGAGCCAAUCACUGAGAAAACAACAGUUGAACCAACGACCAAGAAGACAGCAACUAAAAGGACGACACAUGAACCCACAACGAAGGGAUCAACAACUUUAAGGACUACUGCAGAACCAAUCACUAGUAAAACAUCUACUACAAAGACAAGUACAGAGCCAACAAGAACGGAGAAAACAACUGAAAAGACAACUUAUGAGCCAACCACUGAGAAAACAACGACCCAUAAGACAACAGUUGAACCAACGACCAAGAAGACAACAACUAAAAGGACGACACAUGAACCCACAACUAAGGGAUCAACCACUUUAAGGACUACUGCAGAGCCAACCACUCGUAAAACAUCUACUACAAAGACUAGUACAGAGCCAACAACUACAGAGGAAACAACUGAACAGACAACUCAUGAGCCAAACACUGAGAAAACAACGUCCCAUAAGACAACAGUUGAACCUACGACCAAGAAGACAACAACUAAAAGGACGACACACGAACCCACAACUAAGGGACCAACCACUUUAAGGACUACUGCAGAACCAAUCACUCGUAAAACAUCUACUACAAAGACUAGUACAGAGCCAACAAGUACGGAGAAAACAACUGAAAAGACAACUCAUGAGCCAAUCACUGAGAAAACAACAGUUGAACCAACGACCAAGAAGACAGCAACUAAAAGGACGACACAUGAACCCACAACGAAGGGAUCAACAACUUUAAGGACAACUGCAGAACCAAUCACUCGUAAAACAUCUACUAAAAAGACUAGUACAGAGCCAACUACGGAGGAAACAACUGAAAAGACAACUCAUGAGCCAACCACUGAGAAAACAACGACCCAUAAGACAACAGUUGAACCUACGACCAAGAAGACAACAACUAAAAGGACGACACAUGAACCCACAACUAAGGGAUCAACCACUUUAAGGACUACUGCAGAACCAAUCACUAGUAAAACAUCUACUACAAUGACAAGUACAGAGCCAACAAGUACGGAGAAAACAACUGAAAAGACAACUCAUGAGCCAACCACUGAGAAAACAACGACCCAUAAGACAACAGUUGAACCAACGACCAAGAAGACAACAACUAAAAGGACGACACAUGAACCCACCACUAAGGGAUCAACCACUUUAAGGACUACUGCAGAGCCAACCACUCGUAAAACAUCUACUACAAAGACUAGUACAGAGCCAACAACUACAGAGGAAACAACUGAACAGACAACUCAUGAGCCAAACACUGAGAAAACAACGUCCCAUAAGACAACAGUUGAACCUACGACCAAGAAGACAACAACUAAAAGGACGACACAUGAACCCACAACUAAGGGACCAACCACUUUAAGGACUACUGCAGAACCAAUCACUAGUAAAACAUCUACUACAAAGACUAGUACAGAGCCAACUACGGAGGAAACAACUGAAAAGACAACUCAUGAGCCAACCACUGAGAAAACAACGACCCAUAAUGUAGUAGGCUGCUCCUUCUACCCUCUUCCGUUACUCUUAGUCAUACAUACCUAAUUAUACAUAGCCAAUCUAGUCAUAAGCUUAUACACUCAUACACCCAUCCUUAACAUACGAAUAUUAUCGAGAAACUUAUCGACUAAUCGACUCGCCACUCUGCAGAGAGCACGGCAGUCAGUCGCUGUUGAACCAAGCUAAAGGACAGAUCAAAAUAAAAGAGUCACGUGAAAUUGUAUUAGAAUAUUAACUUCUGUAAACGGCGGCUAAAAUCUCAGAAGUGGGAUUAAUAAUCCAAAAUGGACGAUAAAAUCAUCCUGAACGACUUUUCGCUGACAACCCUAAAAGAUUGGCUACGUAUUCUGGGCCAAAAUACGGAGGGCACAAAAACCGAAUUAAUCGCGAGGCUGCAAGACAUCCCAACGGCAGUUCGGGGCGAUUGUCCACCGGAGCACCCCCAGAAAAACGCUCCACCAGGAAACGACAUUUUUUCUUCACUGGAUUUUCAGAAUUGUGAAAUUAACACCGAUCACGUAAGUGUGAAUGCAAUGAACAGAAAAGAAUCAACCGAAACUGGCAGUGAGAGGGAGACAAACAUGUUCGAGCUACAGCAACUACGCGCAGAGCUAGCAGAAGCGAAGGCAAUGCUUAACGGAACACGAUCGAGCUCGCAGUUCCAAGAACAACAACAACCAGAGCAAAGCAAGGCUACAGUUAGUUCCGUUAUCCAGACGGCGCAGUUUACGCAGGCUGGCGCCACAAAAGAGAACACAACAUUUCACUCGCCGCAGCGAUCCAACGAGAGAGCGGAGAGCCAGCGUUUUCCAGUUGAUGCUCUCGCUCUCGCCAAAGAGACGAUAACCGAUUACGAUGGGAAAACUUGCGCGCGUGCCUGGAUAACAGUGGUCAAAAAUAUCGCACGCACUUUCAACAUCGAUGACAACCAUUUACGCAUCUUACUCAUCACUAAACUUAAAGGAAACGCGCAAGUCUGGUUACAUGCGCACCCUGCUCGAUUGAUCGAACCAAUUGACAAUUUGCUUGAUCAACUGUCAUUGACUUUUGGCGAGCAAUCAUCCAAGGCUGAGAUCCGGCGAAAAUUCGAGAGUCGCAAGUGGAAAACCGAGGAGAAUUUCUGCAGUUAUUACGACGAGAAGAUGGCUCUCUCAAACGGGAUAAACAUCGACGACGACGAACUACUGGACCAGAUGAUAGAGGGCAUACCGCUGCAAAAUUUCCGUACCCAAGCACGGAUUCAAUGCUUCUCUACUCCGUCGGAGAUGCUACGCGCAUUUUCGAACAUCCGUUUGCCAGCUCGGAGGGAGCCACCUGUACAGCCAACCGACUACAAAGAUGCCAUACGAUGCGCAAACUGUAAUUCAAGAGGACACAAAGCUGACAUCUGCAAGAAGCCCAAACGUGAACCAGGUUCGUGCUACUCCUGUGGACAACUUGGACACCUGGUGGCACAAUGUCCCACAAGGAAGAGCGUUUCAACUAAUAAUUAUAAUGCCUCAUAGACUCUGGCAGUCCUAUAUCUAUCAUUAAAAAGUCACUUAUUAACGAGACAAUGAAGUUAGCCCUAGUUAAUACUUGCUAUUUUGGUUUAAACAACUGUAUUCUCAAAACACAUGGACAAACCACAUGUUAUGUAUUGAAAGGAUCAAUAAAAAUAUAUUUUCGUUUAA